UCCGCGGGGUGGCAGUCAGGAAGGGAGGGGUCUUAAUGGGGAGGCGGAGGGUGGAGAGUUUCUCCUCCCCUGGAGCCCCGAUCAGAUUUCCUCUAGAGGCAGAAGAAAAAGCAAAGAUCCCACCUUCACUUCCCUCUGCCUGGCCCGAGUGGGCUCGCCUUCUGCCUCUCUGUUCUGCGCCGUCCGUCCGGGACCCUAGGAGCCCCAGGAUGAUCUGGAAAAGCCUGCCGGUGCUCGCCUUGGUGGCCGUCGCCUGGGUCCACGCUGAGGAAGAACAAAAAAGCAAAUCCAAAGUUUGUGCCAAUGUGUUUUGUGGUGCAGGCCGGGAAUGUGCAGUGACUGAGAAAGGAGAACCAACCUGUCUUUGUAUUGAGCAAUGCAAACCUCACAAGAGGCCUGUGUGUGGCAGUAAUGGGAAGACUUACCUCAACCACUGUGAGCUGCACCGUGAUGCGUGUCUCACUGGAUCCAAAAUCCAGGUGGACCAUGAUGGACACUGCAAAGAGAAGAAACCACCAAGUCCUUCUGCAAGCCCAGUUGUCUGCUAUCAAUCUGACCGUGAUGAGCUCCGGAAGCGCAUCAUCCAGUGGCUAGAGGCUGAGAUCAUACCUGAUGGCUGGUUCUCUAAGGGAAGCAACUACAGCGAAAUCUUAGACAAAUAUUUUAAGAGUUAUGAUGAUGGAGACUCCGGAUUGGAUUCCAAUGAGUUCUUGAAAUUUGUGGAACAGAAUGAAACCGCAAUCAACAUCACCACUUAUGUCAACCAAGAGACUAACAAGCUGCUUAGGGGACUCUGCAUCGAUGCUCUCAUUGAGCUCUCUGAUGAAAAUGCUGAUUGGAAACUCAGUUUUCAUGAAUUCCUCAAGUGCCUCAACCCUUCUUUCAACCCUCCUGAGAAGAAAUGUGCCCUGGAAGAUGAAACCUAUGAAGAUGGAGCUGAGACCCAAGUGGAAUGUAAUCGCUGUGUCUGUGCCUGUGGGAACUGGGUCUGCACUGCCAUGACCUGCGAGGGAAAGAAUCAGAAAGGGCAGCAGCCUAAUGAGGAUCUGACUGAAGAGGAGCUGGCCAGAUAUGUCCAAGAACUACAGAAGCAUCAGGAGACAGCAGAAAAGAACAAAAAGUCAAGCACCAAAGAGAUAUAAUAGAAGCUUCCAGCUCUUGAAGAAGGAACCCAGGGAUUCUGCCUCUUGGCAGGCUCAGCCUGUGCCCAUUUACUUCAGUGCUAAAUUCCAUAUACACAAGUGUCUGCUGAAUUUUCCAAAUCACCAAUAUUUACAUUGUAUAAUGAGUUUUUUUUUCAUUUAUUUUUUAUAAUAAAGGAAGAGGUGGGAGAAGAGAGGGGGUGGGGCCAUAACCUUCAUUUUUAGGAAAGUUUUAAGGGAAACUGGAACUGGCAUUUGGGAGGGCUCACCAAGAAGGCUGCUUCCCAAUUACUGGAGGAGCCCACAUGGAUCAGAACCACAGCACAGUCCUAUACAGCUCUCAGGUGAGCUAGAGGAAAUGCAAUAAUAGAAUGCCAGAGAAAUCUGUUAAUAGGAGGAUGGAUGGGUGGUGGCCAUUCUGGGUUGUGGGAAGAGGAGGGCAGAAGAAGAUUAUAUAAGAGUUAAUAGAUCCCGGCCCCAGAGAAGGUACUGGGGGCAGGAAAACCAUACUGUAACUUGUCUUCUAAGAACCUAAACCCUCUCAGUUUGUGCUCUCCCAUUUUAUCCAGGCUAACUCACUGCAGCUUUCCAUUGGCCAGUUGUCUGUCAGCAUGAUCUGAAUUUUGUACCUCUACUUGUGACCCUGGCAACCUGCUAGUAACCAUACAUCCUCCAGACCAACACCUUCUCUUAGCAAAGAGCCCUGGGAGUCUCACAUCCAGGUCUUCUCCACCACCCCCUACUCCAUUGGGCACAUUCUUUCAUUUGUUUUAAUUUUUUUAUUUUUCACAAAGGUGCUAUCUUUUCUUGAAACACUUUUUGACAAGUUGAUUCUUUUUUUUUUUCAUUUAUUGUUAUUACCAUUGCCUGUUGUUCAUGAAUAUUUUAUUUUCUGGACUAGGAAUUGAGUUUUUAUAUUUUUCAGUACUUUUUAGACUUUGGAGGGGAGGGAAGAAUUUAUUAUUAUUUAAUGUCUAAUUCCAUGCAUGGCCUCAUCAUGCCUGCAGCCCAGACUACAUACUACAUUGCACACUGGAUGGUCAGGGUUUUCUUCCAUCAUUUCCAAGGACAUUGAUAUCUGUGAGUGGGAAUAAGGACUGCCUCAAAGAAAAGCCAAUGGAAGAAGAAAGAUUGUCAUAGGAAAUUGUGUAGGAAGAUUUGAUUCCAUGGGGAUGAUUUUGAGGGCUCCAAAAAGAUAUCUGUAUCAGAAUUCAGAUAUUAAAGAAGGUCAGAGGUUUUUUUAAAAAGUACAACAAUAUAGCUCUUUCUAUAGAGAUUGGGUUUGGGAGAUUAUAACAAAAGGAUGGAUAGCAAGUGAUACAAAUGGAUAGGGUAAACUUCCAAGAAGGAGAGAUUACUCAAUGAUGGCCACAGAGGCAAGGUCUGACAUAGUGUUGAGAGUCAAGGAGGGAAAUUACAUCUUUUUCUGACCCAGAUUGUCAGAAAUGGGGAAUGAGAGAGGGAACACAUUGUACUAGAGAGAUAGUGGCCAGAGGUACAGACUUAUGAAGGGAGCCGAGUUUCCAUGAGUGUAGGAAGACUUGUCUACUCUUAAUCCUUUGAAAUUUCUUCAAACUCUGAGUGUCUUUGAGUUUAUGACUCAGAUCCAUGUGAUUUUAAUUUCCUUCCACAAAAUGAAGUCCUGUUAUAAUCCCCCAAGAUUGGCAGCAAGGGGGUAAAUUUAAUGCUGAUGGUAGAUUAUGCUAAAAAGCAAUGGAGGCAACAGACAAUAGGGGGAGAUAUAUCUGAUUUGUUUUGAGGGUGUUUUUUUUUCUCAAUUCGUUAGAUUUGUUAUUCUUUGAAACAAAAAUAAAAUAUCUUCAAUAGCAAUUUAUGGGUAGGAUAUCAAUCAACAAGCAUUUCUUAAACACCUACUAUUUACCAGGCAUUCAUUCUGUAUAAAAGAAAAUCACCCAGAAUGGGUAGGCAUGGAUGAACUGAAAUCUGUUUCAUUGAAAGGAAUACCCACUUAUAAAAGAUCAUAGAACCAUUAGAGAGUGGAAUUAAAAUUUGACUUCUAAUUUCAACAGAGAAAAAAGACAACUCUGGCACUAUCUGGCUUGGGAAAAAAAAAUUUGAGAAAAGACACUUUCUGUUUUUGAGAAUUUCAAUUCUAACUUUCCUUUUCUGGCACUACAUCUAUUUCAGACCAAUACACAGGACCAUAGGUAUUCCAUCUAGCAUAAUUCUCGCAUGGUAAAUAUUUGUUGAUUGGCUAAUAGAACAAACAAGUUUCUGUGUGUAAAAGACAGACAAGGAUCCAUCUUUUCUUCAAAAUUAAAUGAUUUGGGUUGUAAUGCAUGAGCAAUGAUGAAAAGCUGUUUAAAUUGGAAUUUUCCCUAAAUAGAUUUCUUUUUUCCCUUUCAUUGAAAAAGUAUGCAAUUUCAGAUCAGACACUCCAACUCUGAAAGAUCCAUUUUGCAUAGAAUUCUAAUCCUUCUCCUAUCUUUAGUCUAAGGCAUUGUUAACUCCCUUGUUCAUUCCUGAAAUCUAAGCAUCUCCUUGAUCAAGUGCCUUACAGAACCUCACAGCCAGUCUUAAUCAAACCAUAAGUUUUCACUUGCAGAAAAUGGAUUCCUUUUCCCAUCUCAGAAUCCUUGAGGAGAGAAGGAAGGUCAGAGUCUGGCCGUGAGGUUAGAAGGAAAUUGCCAAUGCAAUGACCCAUCAGCCAAUUCCACCAUCACACUUAAUUAGUGAUACAAUUCAAAAUUACCAUCACCAUAUGAAAUCAUAGAUUUAGAGCUGAAAAGGAUCUCAGAUGUAAAAUUUAACCUCCUCAUUUUACAGAUGAGGACAUUGUCAUCCCCAAAAUGUUAAAUGACUUGGCUAGGAUCACACAGCUACCAAAUGGUUGAAGCAAGAUUUAAAUCAAAGUCUGACUUAAAUUCUAUUUCCCUAUUCCCCAACACCAUCUCUCAGAGCACAGGGGCAACUUGGGUCUAAAAGAUGAAAUGUAAAAUCAGCCUGGCCUUGAUUGUAAACUGAGAGUAACUCUAAUCAGUUCUAUCAAGGUACUGCUUAUGAGCAGCCCAAAAGCUCAUGGAAGGGACUUUGUGGCUUAAGCUUGGGGGUCGUGGAGAAAACUCUGCACAAUAAAUGGAAGAGGAUUUCAUAAAGGUACAAUUAUGUCCUUUUGGGAAAGGGGCAAUAUGGCAAGCUUCUUUCCUCAUCUCCACUAUGGUCUUAUAAGCCUAUGUUCAUGUGUUAAAAUAAGUUAAAAACAAUUAUCCAUGGAGAUGUUAGAAUUAUCCCCUGCCUGAUCAUUUUCCAAGAGCAGAUGAGUAUUCUCCUUACUAAUUAGCCUCACUUCCAUCAUCCACCAAGUUCUCAGUAGCCGUCUCAGAGAAAGGACUGCAGGGACAUUUUCUCUUAUGCGUAUUUUUUGCAUACAAAAAAAAACUAAAAAAAAUCUUGUUUCUUGUGCAUGUGAGAAUGUGUUGGUGAAAGGU